AGACCUUCACCACACCACCCCCACGACAUCACACGACGCCGCGAAGAUGUCAUCCUGCGUAUUCUACCGAUUCAAGAACUCCAAGGAUCGGGAGCGUAUCUUCUUUGAUGGAAAGUCCAUCACUGUCUUUGAGCUGAAGCGCGACAUCAUCAAAGCCGCCGGUCUAGGCGAUGGGUCCGACUUCAACCUUCACCUAUAUCCCGUAGAAGAUCCCGACGCUGAGUACGAGGAUGAUACCACGAUUAUCAGCCGGUCAAGCGAAGUAAUAGCGAUUCGGAGACCAGCGCCACGAGGACAUGGACGAGCCGCUCGAUACGUGGCAGGACGCGCGCCGGUUCGAGCUCUCAAGAAGACCGACUCCUCUACGCCAGCCGUCAGCUCCACAGCCAGCGGUGCUCUCUCUGAGCAAGAUGCAGAAGCAGCUUUCCUAGCAGAGUCUGAGCAGGCUUGGCAACAGCAGAAGGAACAACUGUCACAUGCGAAACCUGUCUACCAUAAGAAAAAGCCAGUCAACGUCCCUGCGCACGACCCUCCGCCCGGCUAUGUGUGCUACCGAUGCCAGAAGAAAGGCCAUUGGAUACAGGUGUGCCCCACGAAUGACGAUCCCGAUUUCAAACCUGUUGCCAGAGCGAAACGUACCACAGGGAUACCGCGUUCUUUCCUCAAGACAGUCGAAAAGCCUCCCGAGGGCGAUUUGGAGGAUGCUCGCGGAGUCAUGCUCAAUGCGGAUGGAGAGUACGUAAAGGUCAUGGUGGACACCAAGAGCUGGGAAAAGUUUCAACAGAAGGCGACCGCAGUCAAGGCGCAAGCCGCGAGCGCUGACGCAGACCAGAAGGAGAUGGAGAAGAGAGGCUUGUUGUGUCCAAUUGAUGAGCGCCUUUUUAACAAUCCAGUAAAGACCCCUUGUUGCGAAACAACGUAUUGCCAUGACUGCAUUGAGAAUACUUUGUUAGACCGCGAUUUGGUUUGUCCCAACUGUGAGAAGGUUGGCGUUAUAAUUGAGGAGCUCGUCCCUGACGAGGACAUGGUAGGCAGAAUCAGAGAUUAUGAAGCCGAGAAGGCGAGGGAGAGGUUGGAAAAGGAACGACAAGGCAGUGAGGAAGUGAAACCAGAUGCAAAGCCCUCAUCUCCUUCUGAAAUGGAAAGCAAUGUUCCCGUGCCCACUAUCACUGAUGACGCCAAAGCCAGUGACGCUGUUCGAACCGGAUCAGAGUCUCCGGCGCCGAACAGCAAUAACACAGAAAAACCUGCGCCCAUUCUGCCAUCUCCUCACACUGUUGCAGCAAAACCUACUUCUAGCUCCACCCCCAAUCCCAAUGGUAACGGUUCCGAUUCUGACACUUCGACAACGUCGAAAAAACGCAAAGAAGCACCAACCGAGAUACGAGCACCGACGGCUCCGAAAGCGAUGCGGUUGCAGAAAGAACAACAGAGUCGCCAGACUCAGGAUCAGUCUUCCGCCGUCGAGAAGAGUUUUAUUGAUUCGAUGGAGGCGCUCAAGAAUAUGCCCAGCAAUGCGGCUAUGAUGCCCAAUAUCCCGAUGCCUCCAAUGCCCAUGGGUAUGCCAGGAAACCCUAUGAUGGGCAUGAUGAAUCCCAACAUGAAUGCGAUGAACGCCAUGAAUCCGAUGGCCAACAUGAACAUGAACGCUUACGGCAACGUCAAUCCGGGGUGGAACAACUUCAACAACGGGUACCCCAACCCGAACCAGUUCAACAACAUGGGCUUCAACGAUCAGAUGAACGGUUACCCUAACAUGGGCUACGGCAACAUGGGUGGCAUGCAGGGAAACAUGCACGGCGGCUACAACAAUGGCGGAUGGGGCAACCAAGGUUACAAUCAGAUGGGCUAUGGCAACCAGGGAGCUCAGCAAGAUGCGUACGAGCGCAGGCCGCUGAAUCCGCAUCGCUCGCAGAACAAGAAUCGCAAGCAGCGAAGUGCCGAUUUCCACUACGUCCAUCAGUCUUGAACGAAGUGGUCGCAUUUCUUGGGCGAAUCGGGGGCAUGGAUGGAAGUUGACUUUGGACUGGGAUUCUUUCGUCGAGGCUGGAAUGGAUCAGCUUUUUCGUGCUUUCGGAAUCUAUGCAUCAUAUGGCAGUACUAAGGAGCAGUGUUUAGUGCUUUUGAUUUGUUUUGGAGGUACAAUGGCUUGGGAUGGGUUGGAAUUCGAAUUCUCUAUGUAUAUAAAUACCCUCAGCAUCAAUGAACGGUCAUCUCCU